GUUACUUUUUGAAAACAUGGCUAAAACAACGAACGUUUAUUUUUUCAUUCGACAUGUUUUAUUUUUUAACUGAGGAAAAGUAUAAAUUGUAGAAGAGAGUUAGCUGAACACUAUUUUGACAACCCUGGAUGAUCUCGUCACAAAAAGGUCACUGGACCGUGUGUAACACUCGAGUUUAAACACGGACAAAUCAUUAACAAAGCUAAGUCAACUAUGACUUUGUUGUGUUUGGGUAUUUAUCAUAUUUCUAACUAAACGGUUAGACACAAAUCGUAUCGUAUUUAACGGAAAUUAGAAAAGACUACUAACAUAAAGAACCUUGCCUAACGAUUACAGGAAUACUAUAUAAUUAAUACAACUACCCCAUGAAUCUCCACUACAAGACAGUUUUAAACGGUGACGUGUUUUAAAAGGAUAUAUCCCCGUUCAAGUGAUAAAAUCCGCCGAGUUUUACUGAUUGGCGAGGGGAGAUAAUCCCUUAUGACACUUGAAAGCCCGCGACACGCGCCAGACAGAAGCUUAUUUGCAUAAGCAGUUCGGAGGCGAGAAUUUUCUCAUAUACCAGAAAAAAUACCGGAGUGUUAUCAAUAUGACAGCAGAUCAAAGGACAAUUAGAUGUCAUUUAUUGAAAGACAGUUCAGGUGAACAGUUGGAAAUGGACGAAUCAUUUAUCUAAAUUUGGAUGUCUUUGGCAAUUGCCUGACAAAUUCAACAAUCAUGUUUUCUAUAAAGAUCUCGUCCCCGACAUGUGAAGAACUUGGGAUUCCACGUGACUGUGACGACCACCCGUGUGUUCCGAUAUUUCCUACGUCUGCAAGGAUAAUCAAAAACCCUUCCCUGCACUUCGAUGGGUUAAGGUAUGAAGCCUCCAUCAAGGGCGUGCUCCCAAAACGGGACCCUUUCUCUCCACUGUGUAUAAUCCCCCUACCUUCCGUCAUGGCGGAACACAGCGAACCAAACUGUAUCGGGAAACGAAAUGAGCGCGAACGAGAGCGCGUGCGGUGUGUGAACGAAGGCUACAGCAGGUUACGGGAACACUUGCCACUGGAACGCAAAGACAAACGAAUUAGUAAAGUGGAUACGUUACGAAAGGCCAUAGACUACAUCAAACAUCUUGAGGACAUCCUCGCCCAAGAUGGCAAUGUCCAUAAUCACGGCUUCACACCAGAUUCGUUCGCGGAGAGCGACUCGCGAUCAGUCGGUUCGCCAUCCCGAUCUCGAUUUGAUGAAGAAAUGUGUGAAGGUUUCUCGGACACAGAUAGCAAUAUCACGGACAUAUCCGAUUCCUACCACCGGAAGCGACCUCUAGAGGUCAGUGACGUUGUUGCCGACAGCCAUGUACAAUGUUCUGAGAAACGGAAGUGUGUUCAUAACGCGUGAAUUCUGUGGUUAUUGAGCGAUGGCAAUAUAAAUGGCUUCUCACCUAUGUGACGGUUUCAUCUCCAUACUGUGUGUUGUGAAGGUAUUGUGAAUUGACGUUGUAUUCUGCGAUCACCAAACUAGUCAUAUUCGAAGUGCGCUCAAUACUAAAUGGAUUGUAAUCCUUGCACGUACACGAAAGUUGGACCAAAGUUAAAAAUAACUAUUUAAGUAACGACACACUUCAUCAGUUCCAUUCUCUGCUCGUUAUUUUAUGUAAUAUAAGCAAACACCACGUGAAUACAGAGAUGUAAUUGUAUAUUUCAGUAAGAUGGCAAUUUCUACAGACAAUGAUACAUGAUCACAUUGUCAGUCUGAGGUGAAAUUUUAGGUACACGUAGUUGUUAUCUAGAAGAUAAUACCUUUCUCCACAUAAUGUGAAUUAUAUGUGGUCUAUUAAGAGUGACUAAACACGAACCAAAACAGCUGUAUACCUUGUUAUUCAGUGAGCUAUUGAUAAUAUCUAAGUGUGUAUUAUCUAAGUCUCAGUGAGCUAUUGGUAAUAUCUAAGUGUGUAUUAUCGAAGUCUCAGUGAGCUAUUGGUAAUAUCUAAGUGUUUAUUAUCUAAGUCUCGGUGAGCUAUUGGUAAUAUUUAAGUGUGUAUUAUCUAAGUCUCAGUGAGCUAUUGGUAAUAUCUAAGUGUGUAUUAUCUAAGUCUCGGUGAGCUAUUGGUAAUAUCUAAGUGUGUAUUAUCUAAGUCACGGUGAAGUCUCAGUGAUCUAUUGGUAAUAUCUAAGUGUGUAUUAUCCAAGUCUCGGUGAGCUAUUGGUAAUAUCUAAGUAUGUAUUAUCUAUGUCUCAGAGAGUUUUUGGUAAUAUCUAAGUGUUUAUUAUCCAAGUCUCGGUGAGCUAUUGGUAAUAUCUAAGUAUGUAUUAUCUAAGUCUCAGUGAGCUAUUGGUAAUAUCUAAGUGUUUAUUAUCCAAGUCUCAGUGAGCUAUUGGUAAUAUCUAAGUGUUUGUUAUCCAAGUCUCGGUGAGCUAUUGGUAAUAUCUAAGUAUGUAUUAUCUAAGUCUCAGUGAGCUAUUGGUAAUAUCUAAGUGUUUAUUAUCCAAGUCUCAGUGAGCUAUUGGUAAUAUCUAAGUAUGUAUUAUCUAAGUCUCAGUGAGCUAUUGGUAAUAUCUAAGUGUUUGUUAUCCAAGUCUCGGUGAGCUAUUGGUAAUAUCUAAGUAUGUAUUAUCUAAGUCUCAGUGAGCUAUUGGUAAUAUCUAAGUGUUUAUUAUCCAAGUCUCAGUGAGCUAUUGGUAAUAUCUAAGUGUUUGUUAUCUAAGUCUCGGUGAUCUAUUGGUAAUAUCUAAGUGUGUAGGAUCUAAGUCUCGGUGAGCUAUUGGUAAUAUCUAAGUAUGUAUUAUCUAUGUCUCAGAGAG